CCCAGAAAAAAAGAAUUAACACCUCAAAACUCCCAAUAAACAAUAAACUUUAUCUUCUUCAUCAUCAUCAAUCUAUAAAAUCAUGUUACGUUUAGCUUAUAAUUUCAUCAUAUUUAGAAAAAUCACUCUCAUAAUCUGUCUUUUUUACGAAUUCCUUGUACCUUCUAUUGCUAGAUACUUUUAAAAUCUCCAAAAAAAAUUCUCACGCACAUCAAGUGUUCGAUCAUUUGCUCCAAAGAAACCAAAAAAAAAAAAGAUGCCAAUUUUGGGGGUUCCAAUAUGUGUGGAGUGUGGGACCAGGAGUAACCCUUGUAGGUGCAAAAUAGUGGGUCCCACAGUAGGGUUCUUAGCGUUUGCUGUGGCGGCAGUGGUGGAGUGGCCAGUGGGGUUGUUGGUGUACCCUUUUAAGCAUAUGAAAGGUCGUAAGAUAAUGGGUCAUCCUGCUUCUGUGGUUUAUCCUUCUGUUAGUAAUGCUAUUCCUAUUUGAUAGGGGUUUUGUUUAAUGACUAAUGAGCGAAGCCUGCUCGUGAACUACUCGAGUUUAAGCUCGGUUGGAGCUUUACUUAUGUUCGGUCUUGGUUUGGCUCGUUAACUUUGUAAUCGUUGGUUUUGACCAAUUAUAAAUGUGUUACUUUAUAUUUCAGUUGGUAAUAAGACACGUGUUAACUUUUUACUAUUUUGCUUGAAUGACUCCUUUGUGUUCUAUGUAAGUAUCGUAAGGUGUAAGGGGUGGAAUGUGGAUGUUUUGUUGGUCUUUUGAAACUUUAUGAUCAACUAUGCUUGUAACAUGAUCUACCAAUCCUUGCUAAUAGAAAAACACUAGCUUAAAUAUUUUAGCAUA